AUGCAAAUCCCACAACAGCCACCACCACAGCCAUUCUCCUCCUCCUCCUCCUUCUCCUCCUCCUCCUCCUCCUCGACAAAUGACAACACCAAAACUACACUCUCCAUAAUUCUAACCACCUCCUUUUUCUCCCUCCUCUUCAUUUUCACCCUCUCCUCUUACUCCCUCUCCACCUCCUCCAUAUCCACCCACCCCCGACCCGACCCCUAUCUCUUCCCCAAUCGCCAACCCACUUUAACUAAAAUCCCUUCUGAUCCGACGCCACCAUCCAUCGCCUACUUGAUAUCGGGGUCCAAGGGUGAUUUGGAUCGGAUCCUUAGACUUUUGUAUGCCACUUACCACCCCAAAAAUCAGUACUUGCUCCACUUAGACCUCUUUGCUCCACAAAGUGACCGUGACCAAUUAGCUCUCACUGUUCAAUCCGUGCCUAUUUUUAAAGCUGCACAAAAUGUAAAUGUGAUAGGGAAGGCUGAUUUUGCUUACCCAAAAGGGUCUUCUGCCAUUUCAGCCACACUUCAUGGUGCUGCUAUAUUGUUGAGGUUGUCAAAGAAAUGGGAUUGGUUUGUUAAUCUUGGUGCUGGUGAUUAUCCACUUGUCACUCAAGAUGAUCUUCUUCAUAUUUUAUCCUAUUUGCCUAAAAAUCUCAACUUUGUCAACCACUCAAGUUACAUUGGCUGGAGAGAGAUUAGACAAUUGAAGCCAAUAAUUGUUGAUCCGGGGCUUUACUUAUCGGAGAAAUCUGAUAUGUUUUAUGCUAGUCAAAAGCGAGAUUUACCUAAUUCUUUCAGGCUAUUUACAGGAACUUCUUUUUCGAUUGUAACUCGAAAUUUUAUAGAUAACUGCAUCUUGGGUGUGGACAACCUUCCGAGGAUCCUAUUGAUGUAUUUAUCAAAUACACCUUCAUCCCUAAUCAACUAUUUCCCAACAAUCAUAUGCAAUUCUCAUCAGUACAAUAGGACUGUCAUAAACCAUAACUUACAAUAUGUAGCCUUUGAGAAGCCUUCUAAGAAGGUGCCUCGCACACUUAAUUCUAGUGAAUUUGAUGCUAUGAUUCUGAGUGGAGCAGCCUUUGCCUCUCAAUUUAAGUUAGAUGAUCCUGUGCUUGAUCGCAUUGACCAAGAUGUUUUGGGGCGAAAUCCUGGUGAAGUUGCACCUGGUGGCUGGUGCUUGGGUGGUGAGCCUGGAAAUGUAACAUGUUCUGUUUGGGGUGAUGCUGAUGUUUUGAGGCCUGGCACAGGAGCAGCAAGACUUCAAAAACUAAUUGUUAGAUUGCUGUCAAAUGGUGAAUUUCACUCUCGUCAAUGUAUAAUUGAAUGA